AGAAAAUCAUGACUUUGGCUAUUGUUGCUCGAUCAUACAGCUCUUCGGUUGCUAUUCAUUGUCUUUAGUCGAAGAUCCCCUGCUCAUCCGUCCUUGCUCCUCCCGUCUUUUCCUCUCUUCUACAACUCUUUUCGAAACUCCAAAUCUCAUUCAGUAAGACUUUUGUCGCCAGAACCUACUCCCCCAUCUACAUGUGGUGAAAAAGUACCACAACCUCGACAUCUCGAUCACUCCUCUGCUUUCCCAGCGAUUGCAAAAAACUCUACCUCAUCAUGGCGAGGAAGAAGUCAGCCCCUAUCACAACUUACGCACCACCAAUACCUACGAUGUCCUCUCAAGCAGCGAGCGCCACGCCGACUUCUUCGGCCCCAUCUUCAUCGACCACUGCUUUAACAUGCCCCCAUUGCCUCGUGGUAUUUACUAAUAUGACCUCUCGGGCCUUCAGUAAUCACGUGUCAUGCUGCGUUGGUCCCGUCGCUGCAGAUGACGAUGCGUCUGAAAGUGUCUUAUCUUCUCCUCCUGAUUCACCAAUACAGACGGUUAAGAGUACGAUUUCUGUUGGUGCAACAGCACUCCGACAAGAAGUCACUGCUCCGUCUGAUGCCAGUGUUGCCGAAGAGGAUGGCGCAGCACCACCCAUUGAAGAUCCUGACGCAGCCAUUCAUGCAUAUCUGGACCCGAAGAGAGAAUUUGAAUAUUACGAUCAAGGCGAAGCUGUAGAAGAAACCGCUCAAGACGAAGAUGCUGAUGCAAGUCAACUCGAAGUCGUGGAGACUCCUGAAGCUGACCAGCAAUCGGUGACUGCUGAAGAGGUUCCUGAAAACCCAGAGGCCUCAGAAUCUCUUGAAACCUCUGAAGCAGUAGCAAAUUCUGAGAGUGGAGAUUUGGAGACUGUCUCGCAGCCGGCAGUUGUGGAUGCUCCCGCAGCUUUGGAAAAUCCGAGCGUCUCCAAACAGUCCAAAUCCAGGACCCCAAUUGUCACAAGCAAAUCAGAGGCGAAAAAAUAUCUAUUUCCAAAACUCACCCCAGUUGAAGUCUUCGAGAAUUACCUACAAGAUGUAGAGGAGAUGUCCUAUGAGACUCUAUAUAACCGGGCUACGAGAGUCGCUGGUGUUUUACUCGAACUUCAAACUGAGUUCGUAGAGGUGGACAAGAAGCUCUACCGGCAUGAAAUGAUUGGCAAAGCCGAAACUAAGAGAGCGGCAGAAGACGCGAAAGAAGAAGCCGAUAGGAGAGUGGAACUGGAAGACAUGGCUCGCGACGCAGUUGAAGAGAAAUACAGCGAAAAGCUUGCUCUCGAGGGCGAGGAGUGGGAGAAGUUCCUGGAAAAGUUCAAUCGUUCCUCCGACAAGGAAACAUUGAAGCACCUAAACAACCUACACAACCCCCAGUUCAUGGAAGCUGCAAUAAAGCGACGUCGAAAGGCCGCGGCCAAAUAUCAUAAGCUUGACAACGAGCCGCCCCCAGAAACCAAGCCUACCAAAGAAGAAAUUGAACAGGAGAAACGCAAGCAAGGCUGGCUGAUAGAUCCCGUGAAAUUUGACGAUCAAAAGAGAGCAGAUGUGUAUGGAUUGGAGUAUUCGUCACAUUUCAGGCACCACGGACAUCAGCCAAUUGAUAGAAUCAUUCGUCAAGCACAGCAAGCUCGGAGGAAAGUCAAUGGAGAUGCACACAGCACUUCUGAGGAUACCGCUGGAUCAGCUCCAAUAGGCCGGCUUAGGAUGCAGCGCAACAAGAGUAAGAGAGCCUACGAAGCCGAGCGUAGUGCAACUUCGGAAGAAGAUGAGGAGGAGCUUCCCGCAAAGAGAUUGAGGAAGCCAAGAAGAUUCGAAGAUGGAGUCGAAGCUUUGGGAAAGCCUCGGGGUAGCACGCAAAGCCGUGGUGGAACCCCAAUGAUCAGAAGACGAUUUCCAUCGGGUGCACCGGUUGGACGACCGCCUAGAUGGUAUAUCGAAUCGAAACUGCAAGCAGUCCAAAUGGCACCAAAGUCCCCAGAGUUGACGAAUGGAGAUCUCCCGCAGACUUCUCAAGAAGCUGCUCCAUCCGAUGAAGGUCAGUUGCAAGGUGUGGCAGAACCCCUGGCCAACCAGACUGUUACCGUUUCGGAUAAUGCUACUGCAACUGCACCUACCACAAAGCGCAAGCACCCUGGCGGUAGGCCAAAAAAGGUUGUGGCUGAAGCCCCAGCAACCAAUGCUCCAUCCGAAGACGUCUCGGUGGAAGCUUCACAGUCGAAACCGAAGAACAAGGGAGGCCGUCCCCGCAAACAUCCGGUCCAAGAGCCGGCACCAGCCGAAGCCAGUACUCAAUCAGGCCCGCAACCCCGCGAGACUAAGAGCAAAGCUCAUUUGCAAUCGUCCACGAUCAAAGUCGAAUCCGGCUUUGAUGACGACCUUGUUCAGUUGACAGAAGCUGAAGAUAUCAUUCAAUCAACCGAACAGGACGACGGUUCUCGUUACAAUUCCGCAGAGACAUCCAGACCUACCAGCUCAUCCUCUACUGAGUCAGUAUCUACGGUUGCUAAUCGACGCAGCGCCCGACCAUCUACUCGCAAUAAGACUCUUGCAAGAGAACUUAAUGGCACGAAGAAUGCGAACGAUGAUACUGGCAAUAAGCUUGAGGAAUCGCCAUCAUCAUCGCCAUCUGUUCCUAGGAACAAGCGCAAGCAUGACUCGGAGGAAACAGAACUAAAUCCAAUUGUCGUCGAUGCUCCUCUUCAAACCGAAGAGCCUGCUCCAAAGAAGCGUCGCACUCGAGCACCAAAGGCCAAAGAAGACAUGGUCGAGACUCCUGUUGCAAUGGGAGCAAAGAGUAAGAGAAAACGUGCCAACAGUGAUGCACUUGAAGAAGAUCGUGUGGGCAAGAAGGGCAAGAAGUCCAUUCAUGAACCAGCCGGCAUUGAGGACGAUCACGAGUCUAAUGCAGACAUCGAUGAGGAGUCGCUGACACCAGCUGCUAGAGAGGAGCUGAAGAAGAAGAGAGCAAAGGAAGAGAAAUCGAGAAAGUUAUCAGAAAGCACAAAGGCCAGAUGGGCGUCAGGAGGUAUGAAGAAGGCACAGGAGACCCGCAAAGCCAACCUUGCCCUCAAGAAGGCUGCUAAGGAAGCUGCUGCCAAGGAGGCUGCUGCCGCCGCUGAAUCAUCUGGCCCCGCUCCCAUCGAACCUGCCGCCCCUGCACCCGCUAUUGAAACACCCGAACAGCCUGCUCCAAAGAAGCAGAAGGCACAAAAGCCAAAGCCCUCCCUGGAACCGACCCGUCCCGCAAGUACCCGAAUCCGGAAGCCAACCCGGCAUGCCGCUGGAUUGGAUGGAGCUGCCGACGAGGACGAGGACGAGCUGGCGGAGCAGUUCCGAUCCGAGUAUGAUCGGUAUCAGGCACUCACGUCAGCCGGCAGUCCGGGUUUGGGCAAGCGCGUGCGCAAACCAUUGAUUGAUUUGUCUGCGGUUAUGGACGAAACCUCAGAAGACGAAUACUACCAGUGAUGGGUGUGCACUUGACCACGUUUAUGGUGAGAUCCGCUGGGAGGAUCACCGCAGGGUGGAUAUUUACUUUUCUCUUCGUUUUUACCUGAUGGGCGCUCAGAGGAGGUUUACUGCUAGAGAUGGAUAUUGACUUGGCGCAGUUACGGAUGAGAGCUCAUGGGAUGAUUGUUACAUUACGGAUGGGUAUUUUGCUCUUCUUCGAUUAUGGAGGAGAAUUUCGAGGAGGAUUAUUUCAAUGGAUAUUGAAACAGCGGCCAGUUUAUUCAUGGGUUCCCAGAGGUGGUUUACUACCAGGGAUGAAUACCGACUUGGCCGCUGUUAUUUCAUGAGAUCGAUCCCAGAUGAUAAUAUCAGGGAUGGAUAUCAGCUUGUACAUAAGAUUACGAUGAUGAAUACACUCACGAACUUUGCAC